ACAUUCAUCAUCAAAUGAUACUACAAUAUUCUCUUCCUCUAUAAUACAUAGUCGUGCACAGUUAAGGGCUAAAUGAUCAGCCACGGGGCUGACAAAGAUCCCAGUAGGGAUUAAAGACUCGCGAAGGAGACUUUCGGUCGGAUUCCCAUAACUAUUUUCUCAACCCACUCAGGUCUCAGCUAAAGCAUCAAUGGCGAACCGAGUUUUCCACGCUUUACUCUUCAUCUCUUUCUCUCUCCUCCUCUUCUUCGUCUCCUCUGCAAUCGCUUCUUCCGACGCUCCUUUCAUCGUCGCUCACAAGAAGGCCACUCUCAAGCGCCUCAAAUCUGGCGCCGAACGCGUUCUUGUUUCAAUCGAUAUCUAUAACGAAGGAUCUGCGACGGCAUAUGAUGUAAGUCUAACUGAUGAUACGUGGCCUCAAGAUACUUUUGAUCUCAUCGAAGGCAAAACAUCAAAUUCAUGGGAGAGGCUUGAUGUUGGUGCUCUUGUUACAAUCUCUUUUGAGUUAGAAGCCAAAGUGAAAGGAAAGUUUCAUGGUGCUCCGGCUACCAUCAAAUACCGUAUUCCAACCAAAGCUGCUCUUCAGGAAGCAUAUUCCACGCCAUUAUUUCCUUUGGACAUCCUUGAGGACAGGCCCCCAGAGGCUAAGUUCGAUUGGGUGAGUGUCUUGUGCAUUUUUUCUCUUUUUAUCAUUGUAAAUAUCUAUCACGAUCACUAAUGAUUCUUAUUUUCUCUUGUGGGUUGAAAUCCGAUGGUGCCAUGCUUCUUUCAGGCUAAGAGACUGUUGGCUAAAUAUGGUUCUCCAGUUUCAGUUCUUUCCAUAGUCGGUCUCUUUGUGUUCCUUGUUGCAAGCCCGUCAAGUGCUGCCAAAGCAAACAAGAAGAAGCGUUAGUUUCAGUCAUCAGAUUACCGAACGGCUUCAUUUACAGUUUCCCUUUUGUAGUUUCACGAGUUUAGUGUUUAACAAAAUUUCACAAUUGAGAAUCAGGACCAAAAACUUUUGUAAUUGAUACAUCAUAUGUAAGCAGAGAGUUAUUUUGG